UUGUUUAAAAAACAAUAAGCACGUGGUCGUACCGAGAGUGUUAUUAUUAAAGUUGAAAUUAUAAUGCAGUGUUUAAAUUAAUAUUACAUAAAUUUAAAAAAUCAUGAGUAAAGUUCAGGAAGAUGCGGAAGCUGUAAAUAUCAACCCAAAAUCAAAUAUGUCAACUUUAGAAAAGACAAAUGCACUGAGUGUUAUUGCGGCUUCCUACGACGAUGAUGUUGAUGAAAAUGAGGACCAGAGUACUCCGAAUAGUGAAGAACAGAGUAAAUUAAUAAGCAGUGAAAUGGUAAUUUGUGAUCAAGAAAAAACUUCUGAAAAUGUAGAGCCAGUUUUUCUCAAAGAAAUUACAGUUGUUGAUCCAGAGCCGGAGUUGUCUAUCGUGAAGGAGCAAAUAACACUAUCUGAUUCUCAGAGACAAAAUUACCGAACUCAAGAUUCGGACAGUUCUGACAGUGAAGACGAUUCUAGUUCCAGUGAUAGCAGCAGUAGUAGCAGUUCCUCCGAAGCUGAGUCCGAAAACGAGGACAGUGAUAAUGAGAAGGUACAAUCCAACAAAUUUAGGAAGAAAAAAGGGCAAGAAAAAGGAGAGUUUGAUGAUCUACCUCCAAUCGAAGAUUUGCAGAUAUCAGUUCCAGAAGUUCUCUGCGACCCUCUAGGCGAAGUCGGGUGGGUAGUAGAGCAAAUGGUUGUAGUGACCCCAAAAGCCAAUAAACCGACUCUUAAUUUUGACACAAUAUUAUUUGUGGACAAAGGUAAACGUGUCUUGGGGCGUGUGUUUGACGUAUUUGGACCAGUGACCGAGCCUCAUUACUGUGUUAGAUUUAAUAAUGCUCAACAUAUUGAAGAGAGUAAUAUUAAAGUUGGUAUGACAGUUUAUUACUGUCCUAAUACCCCCUAUACAACUCUUGUAUUUAUGACUGACCUUCUCAAAAUGAAAGCAAGUGAUGACGUAGGCGAAGACGAGCAUCCAGAGUUUUCAGAUGAUGAAGAAGAAAAGGCGUACUACGCUUCUCUUAAACAAAAACAAAGGAAUAAUAAUAAUAAUAAAAAUAAUAAUAACAAUAAUAGUAAUGGCAACAAUAAUAAAAGUAAUGGCACUAAUAGAAGUACUCCGUCGUCGAAGCGUCAAAAGAAAAAUGAUGGAUGGAAGUCUCAGCAUCCUUGGAACAGCUCUAGAAAGACGGAUCAGAGAGGACAGAAUUAUUAUUGGUACCAGCAAGCGCAAAAUCAAAGUCAUUUUUACUCUCAGCCUCAGCCGCAACAAAAUAUGUGGGCGCCAUACCCGAGUAAUGCCCCUGGUAAUCCUUCGUAUCAUUACGGAUAUCAAAAUUGGUACGGGUAUCCCCAAUCCGAGUAUUCAGCUCACCCGUCAUAUCAACAGAAUGUCGAUCUAACGCGACAGCCCGGACCUAGUUUCGCGUGGCAAGCUAACUCGACCUUUACACCCACGCCUACUAAUCCAACCUGGCCCAUACUACCGCCUCCACCUCCUCCUCCUCCUCCUCCUUGUCAACCUUCUCAAUCUCCGACGUCUCCAGGUACGUAGAUCCUACUACUAAAUUCAACGAAAUUACUAAUCGAUUUGGUAUAAAUAAUUCAUUGGAAAAUUAUAAACACUAAAUUAUGUUAAAAUAUU